AUGAACGCUUCUAAUCACGAAGCUGGGCAAGGCCAGAAGAAAAUCCCUACAAUUCAAGAGAUGGAAAGUUGGAACGAUGAGCAAUUGCUCAAAUGGAUCAAGGAUAGGCAACCGAAGAUUUUCCGCGAUAACGACGACGUUUUGACAUUCAAAGCGGCAAAAAUUAGUGGCUCCGCCUUCAUGGAGUAUGCUGAAGAUCUAGAUUUUUUCAGAGAAAUUCAUCUGCCCCUCGGAGUUUAUAGGGAUCUUGCAUCUCUUGCAAGAAAAGUUAAGAAACAGAACGAUCAAUCGAACCAGACAGCUGGCCAAAAGAGGAAAGAGGAUGAAACAGAUUUAUCUGACGGGUCGCCCAUUUCGUCCAAAAGACGUCAAAAAUAUAAAGAUAAAGAGGAAGAGGAAGAUGAAGAGAAAGUCAUACAAUUAGCCACUGAAGCCAAUAAGCGAAGAAAGGCCGUUAAGGAUAUAAUUACUCAGAUGAACGACUCUCCUGACCAGCACUCCGAUUCUAUCGAUCCUCUUCCUGGAGCUAUCGAUAAACUUUCCGACCCCACAUUAAAUCACACGCUCGACUUCCCAUUUAUCGAUAGUAUGCCAGAACGAUUUAAUGAGCGCAAUAUAGCUAAAGGAAAGUGGCUAUAUAUGGGGAGAACGAUGUUCAAAGACUUCCUCGACGAGGUAAAGGAAGUGCGAAAGAGUCAGGUUUAUCGAAGAUGUUGGCUCUAUGGAACCCAGGGCUUUGGGAAGUCCCACCUUCUAGCCGCCCUCGUCUGCUACUUUGCUGCUCAAGAUGAACGGGUCGUCUACCUACCGGAUUGCCGGGGGUUGCUCGAUGACCCUGUUUCCUACGUCAAAAAGGCAAUGCUGUUCGCUUGGGCCGACGAUUUCACCACCCAGAAGAAGAUUAUGGCCCUACGCACUCAGGACCAGAUCGAGAAAUUCUUCGAGUAUCAAGAAAACGUCAUAUUUGUCGUUGAUCAGAUGAAUGCUUUCAAGAGCGAUGGCUUUGGAGACAGGGAGGUGGCUCGACAGCUGCGUCGAUGGGUUAUCAGAUUCACCUCUUCGCAUAAAACAAUCCUCAGUUCCUCUGCAAAUUCUACGGACGACCUUGAAGAGUUUAAACAUCAGACCUAUAACUGGGUGGUACGCGUCUAUGGUGGUUUCACUAAGACGGAAAUGAAGCAGUGGUGGAGGCAGCAUAAAGGUAUUAAGUUGAGAGGGUAUACCCGGGACAAGGUUGAAGACUUUACGGGCUGCAUCCCAUUACUCCUGAAGCAAUUCGUAAAGAAUGGGGAGGUCGAUUUGACAGCACCCAAAUUUAACCAAAUCUAUGAUGAUUCUGUGCAUUUUGUGCAGCGAAUCAGGUCUACUGUUGGGAAUUUUGAUUGGAAGGGGUAUUGCGCCUUCGUGAGGGCUUGCAUUUGUAACGAGCGCGUACCACCUGGAUGGGGGGCACACGUCGAACUGAUCGACCAUCGGUACUUUUAUCAGCGCAACGACAAGAUUGGAAGAUAUACCUGCGGUUUAGUUCGUGACGCUGUCACAAAUCAGCUUUUCGAGUUGGAUACUACUUUCAUCGACACCGGGUUUCUGGCUUCAUUGAGUGACUUCGUCCACAAUCGAUGUGUCGUCGGAUAUAUGAUGGAAUACGCCAUCCUCACAUCCAUCCGGUCAACAGGCUUAAGGAUUUGCAAAGGCUGGGACAAACCGAUGAAGUUAAGAUUCUUCACGCAACAAAAGGAUAUUCAGUUCGACAUCCAAGAUGAACGCGUACUUUAUCGACCUCGACAGACCAAUUACAAGACGAUAGAUGGAAUGAUUCUCUCGAUCAAGACCGAAGAGAAAGCCGCGAAAGGGAAAAAGCCGAAAUUACUCAUCGCCCCCAUCCAGAUCACAGUGGCAAAAAGUCACUCGAACUCUUAUCGGAAUUUCUUGCGUGAAUAUCGCCACUGGGUCAAGGGCCAACUACGGGAGUUUGAUAUUGAACUAGAAUUCCUCUGGAUCACCCCAGACAAGUGCGACGCUGUACAACACCCGCCCUAUCCGCCGUGGCCUAGCCACCAAGAGCGUUGUAUUCCUUUCGACGAGGUUAGCACAGACAUUUACACCAACUACCAAGAUGCAGAGAAAGCCGGAAAAGAGAAUGAACAGAAAGAAACUAAAAAAGUGGAGAAAGCCGAUGAAGAAGAGGAAGAAGUCCAAGAAGAGAAAGCCGACGAAAAAACCGAAAAGGACCAGAGAAGUGGACGCGUGACACGGUCUACGAUAAGGGGAUCUAGGGCAGGGCGAUCUAGGGCGCGCUAG